CUACUUAGCACUGUCUAGGUCGGGGGCCCCGGCAUGGCAAAGCGAGCAAGAACCCUAGCAGCGUGAGCACCGCCGCUGUAAGUCAUGAGAAUCCAGGCGGGAGUGCGCGAGAAUGGAAGAAUAUCGAGCUUUCGCGCGUGGGAUUGCGGCAGCGCCGCCGCCGCGAAGCCGUGCUGCUGCCGGGCUGCGAAGCCGAAUGGCUCGUCUGGCUUGGAAGAGCAAGACAAGUCUGGGCACCAGUGCCGCUUAGCCGAGGCGGCGAAAUAUGCCCGGCAGGAUGCGAUGCUUGUGACGGCCGCAGCGCAGAAUAUGGACGAGAAAGCUCGAAGUAAUCUUCUUCUUUUAGCUCGGGAGUUUUCGAGAUUGGACAUGCGUGCUCGCCAAGACAUGGCGUUGAUAGGAUCGACAGUGACAAAACUAGAUGCUCGUGCCAGGGAGAGGGCGCACAGAAAGGCUGACCGCGUCAAUCGUAUAGCCACAAAGUUGAAGGAGAUUGCAGGCAGCGAAUUGAAAGUAGCAGCAACUGAGCAUUGGAAUGACGGAGCUCUGGAUGCCGAUCUCCGCUUGGCCGAUUUACGAGCUCGUAGACGAGCUAUGGAAGAUUCUUUUGCAACUGUUCAGGCAGUGAAGAGCAUUCAUGAUGCUGCCGUCAAGGUGUUGCUGAUGAAAGAAAAUGCUGAAACUACAACGCUGAAUCCUGGUACGGACGAAACUUCACGUCCUGUAAAGAAAACAACCUUGGACCGAGUUGCCGAAUUUGAGGAAGCCUACGUGAAAAUGGCGUCACUGUUGGCGGAGGUCAAUGUUUUGGACGAUAGUGAUCCGGAUGAGCUCGAAUAUAUAAUAGCAACACUUCUCGAUAUGGAUGAAGUUCAUGGUGCAAGUGGUGCAACUCUUGUCACGCAGACCGCGAGCUCUCCAGAUAUUGCAACCAGGCGUGCUUUAGUUGAUGCCCUUGCAAAUGCACCGUCUCUUUUGGCCCUUGGAAAUGCUGGAAUCAGCGCAUUACAGAGAUUAGCUGAAGACGAAAAUCUCGAGGUCUCUCGUGCUGCCUCGAAAGCUCUGGAUGAGCUCCAAAGCGAAUGGAAACAUAUCGAUGCUAGCAUGCUUUCCAACAACGUUGACGGUGGCCAGCACUAUUUGGAUGACACGACAUUAAUGGAGGACCCGGAGGAAGAUUAGUAAGAGGGGACAACUGUUCGCUUACGUAGAAAGGAGGCUCCGCGGACUAUAUAAAAUUACGAUGCAUGUGCCGAGAUGCUCCACUGAGAUAUGGUCCGUGCGAUUUCUUAAAAUCUUACAGCUCUGCUGGAAAGGUUACAUCAGAAGGUCUGUGGUGCCCCGUAUUGUUCUCUUUUCUCUUGCCCCUUUACUCAGGCUGUGAGGAGCGCGAUUGAGCGAAUGAAAUCGAUUAUAUUCCCAGGUAAGCUCGUCUUAAAAUGAUUGAGCUAACGGUGUGAUUCCAUCCAUCAUCGGAGCGAGCUUUGUGUCCAGCAACUAGGGAAGCCGUUUUGAGGGGCGCAGUUUCAACGGUCCCUGUGCUGGACACUCCGCACUCCGCACACUCCGCACUCAAAUCUCCAGACAGAUACUCCUCCUGCUUCCAAAGUAUUUGCCACGCGUGAGCCUUCGGACGAUUCUCUAAAGAGCGUCAAAAACUCUUCCAUUUCCCCCGAGCAGUUGCUGCUGCGAAUCGCUUGGAAAUCAUGCUCGGGGAUAUUGCAAGACGGCAGCAGGCCUUCCUGGAACAUCUGUCUCUCUCUCUGUGGAAAUUGGCUCUUGCUACACGCGAGAGAAGUUCGAAGCUCACAAGGAGUAUCGUCAGCUGUAAUCUCGUGAAUGGGCCGGAAACUUAUAUUUGUGCGGUCAGAGCGUUUUUAAGGCUCCAAAGUUGGAGAGCUAUGAUGCUUGUUAUAUGCCAAAAUAUUUCCUUUUUGACUUAAUGGCCAUUGUAUUAUAUACAAGUAA